GCAGCAAUGGGGAAGCCGUACAGGGACCCAUGACAGAUUACGGACCUGGCAGCAGCAUGAGGAGGCGGGGGUACGGGGCCCAUGACAGAUUACGGGCCUGGCAGCAGCAAUGGGGAGCCCGUAAAUCUGCCAGCACCCUAUGACAAAAUGGAACCACCAGCAGUUGUGAGGAGACCUGAGAAAAGUGGCACAUGGCAGGAGUUGUGGCAAUGGAGACAGCAGCAAUGGGAGGGCCGUACCAGGGACCCAUGACGCGACUCUGGGACCUUGGCAGCAGCUAUGAGGAGGCGGCAGUAAUCUGCCAGCACCCUAUGACAAAAUGGAACCCAUUCCAGCAGUGUGAGGAGACCUGAAAGUGGCACAU